AUGGCGGCGCUGGUAGCGCCUGAGGCCGCGGCGCCCCGGGGCCCGACAGAAGCAGGGGAGACGACCGAGGAGGCGGAGCUGAGCCNCCUCUCCUGCGCUCCGGGCCUCUCCUCUGGGCCCUCGCACCCUGGGCAGCACGGCAGAACUGCAGAGCUGGAGGGUCCACCUGGGUCCCACGAAGACCCUCUGGUGCUGACUUUCUACCACUUCCACAUGCAGUCGGAGUCCCUGAUCGGCCCCCUGAUGCAGUCCAUCUCCCACCAGCACUGGAAGGUGCGGGUGGCUGUCAUCGAGGCCACGGGCACAGUGGUCCAGCUCGGCAGCGGGAAGUCAGUGGAUGAUGUCCUUCCUCACUUUGCUCAGCGGCUCUUUGACCACGUUCCCCAGGUGCGCCAGGCAGUGACACGCGUGGUGGGGGGCUGGCUGCUGAGCCUGCGGGACCGCUACUCCUUCUUCCACAAGCUCAUCCCACUCCUGCUGAGCAGCUUCCACGACGAGAUCCCUGAGAUCGCGUGCGAGGCGACUAGCCUCUGGGAGCGGGUCGGCCUGCAGUGGCAGACGGAGAACGAGGAAGACCUCAAGGACAAGCUGGACUUUGCCAGCCCUCCCCCAGCCCACCACCCCUCGCCAGGGAGCCGCCCGGGGCUGGGCUGCCGAGAGCUCGUGUUCAGAAACCUCUCCAAGAUCCUCCCCGCCGUCUGGCACGACAUCGCUGACUGGGUGGUGGGCACCAGGGUGAAGUCGGCACAGCUGCUGGCCGUGCUGCUGCUGCACGCGGAGGACCACAUCACGCAGCACCUGGAGCCCGUGCUGCGCGCCCUGCUCCGCGCCUGCGCCGACGAGGAGGCGGCCGUGGUCUAUAGCUGCGAGAGGUCUGCAGAGCUGGUCGGCACCUUCGUCAGCCCGGAGGUGUUUCUGAAGCUGAUGCUGCCGACGCUGAGGAAGUCCCCCUCGCCCCCAGGCCUGCUGGUCCUCGCCUCCCUCAUCCGAGGCUGCCCCAGGGAGGCUCUGCUGCCACACGUGAGAGUCGUCGCCGUGGAGCUGGCCCAGGAUCACAUCUGCCGAGGGUCUGAAAAUCGCCUGUAUGGUGAGCGCCUGCUGCAGUGCGUGCAGGCCGUGGUGUCCGUGGGCCAGGAGGACUGCCGAGGGGCCAGCGAGCCGCUCCUGGAGGUGCUGGUGACCAUCCUGGCGCUGUGGGGGCCCACGGGCCUCGGCAACAAGGUCCAGGAGACACUGGCUGAGCUGGCUGCAGUGGAGGGCGUGGACAGCAGCCAGGACCUCUUCCGAGCACAUGUGAGCUCCCUCCUGGAGUGGCUGGCUGCCUCGCACCAGGACUGGACCGGCCACUCCGUGGAGCUUCUGCAGCUGGUCGUGGUGCUAACCCACUCAGGCCCUGCCCUUGGAGAAGCCCUGCCCCAGCUGGUCCCCAUCCUCAGGAGCUGCCUUCAGCCAGCCAGGGACCCAGCCAUGCGCCUGAAGCUCUUCUCCACCCUGACGGGCGUGCUGCUGAAAGCCCCAGAGACGGUGGAUUCACAGGGGCAGCUCCGCGGCUACCUGGACACCCUGGUCCAGGACAUCUUGGUCCCCAACCUGCAGUGGCAUGCCGGGAGGACGGCCGCAGCCAUCCGCACGGCGGCCGUGUCCUGCCUCUGGGCGCUUGUCAGCAGCGGGGUCCUGUCGGACGGGCAGAUACAGGACAUGCAGGAGACAUUGAUGCCUCAAAUUCUGACCACCCUGGAAGAAGAUUCUCAGAUGACUCGAUUAAUUUCGUGCCGGAUCAUUAACUUGUUUUUAAAGACCUCUAAUGGUGUGAUUGAUGCAGACAAAUUCAUCAAGAUUUAUCCUGAACUCUUAAAGCGCCUGGACGACAUUUCCAACGACGUGAGGCUGGCAGCAACCUCCGCCCUGGUCACCUGGCUGCAGCGCGUCCAGAGGGAGGCCUCGAAGUGCUGCUAUGAGAGCAGCAUCCGGCACCUGUACCGCGAGCUCCUCGUGUACCUUGAUGACCCGGAACGCACCGUCCAGGACGCAGUUCUCGAGGCCCUCAAAGCAGGCAGUGUCCUCUUCCCCGACCUCCUGGUGAAAGAGACGGAGGCCGCCCUCCACAAGCACCGCUCGCCCACCCACUGCGAGCAGCUCCUGCAGCACCUGCAGGCCCUACCGCCUGCCCAGUGACCAGAGUCCUGGGAGCAGAGCCUCAGCACAGCAGCUGGAGGGGAGCAGACACGCAGCCCUCGUCCUCACCAGGGCUGGACCUCGUGGCCUCCGAGUCUCGUCACAGGGCACCUGUCAGCCAGCAGCGGAGGACCCUCCCAAGCAAGCCUUGACAGCAAGAUGAAUGUAUUCCCUGAGCUCCCUGCCCAGUGCCUCCUGGGACAGUUUUUCACAUCCAGCAGCUUUUGAAAUAACUUUCUCUGAGUGGCUUCUGUAUUUUUAUGUCUUACUCAUACAAUUCAUUAAGAGGUCUGCCAGAAAUCGACAGCUAACUUCAAAUUAAAUGUCAGCUCCUCAUACUGGCAGCCUAAUCCAUGCACUGUGUGUUUUUAGGCUACAUGCACUACUAGGUUCAUGGAUUAUUGGUUCUUUCUUGCUUAAAUGCCCACCAAGAAAGUUCUUGAGUGUAUAUAAAGAAAAAAGCCAAAGUGAUUAAAAAGAAGUGUUGUUAAAAUAAAAAAAGAAGAAAUGUUUCUUCUUUGGGUUCUGUCUAGUGAAACUUUAUAUCUCAGUGAAGAAACUGAAAAGAAUUUGAAAUUUUAAGAACUAUUAUCAACAAAAUCUUCCCCUUUUAAAAUGUUAUGUGGGUUGUAUUUGGUCACAGUAUUUUCUCUUAGAUCAGUAAUGCUUACAGUGUUGAAAAUAGGAUAUUUAAUCAAAUAUAAUUUUGGUUGCUCUUGUACGUAGCAGUACAGUAAAACUGUUAUCUUUUCCUGCAUUUUCUAUCCCCAAGUGCCUAAAAGAUUUCAUUUUAAGCAUUAUUUCCAUAAGCCAAAUAUUUAUGUUAACACAAGAAAAUGCUCUAUUUUUUCCAAAAAUCGAAUAUUAACAUUUAUGCUUUGGUGUUUGAAAAUAUAACAAAAUAUUUAUUAUAAUUA